CAGAUAAUUCACAUUCAAGUGUUUUUUAUUUUUAUUUUUAACAUCUAAUCAUGGUAUAUGAAAUUAGCCAUUUGUUCCCAAAAUAGAAAUGCGUCAAGAGAAACAACUAUAAACUUGUCCGAAGAUAUAUGCUAACAAAUGGCAAAUACAGGCAGACAUGGCUAAAUCACAGCUUAGUUUUCUAUCCAGUCAUAGGCCGUCGGUUUUGGGUUUGUUGAAGCAAAAUUUUGUAUUAAGAAAAAAACAAAAACAAAAAGAGGGGCUUCAAGACCACCUCUGACAAACCCGCUGCUUUGUAAGGGCGACGGAGGGUUGAGGUCGAAGAAACAUGAAGCUAUGGAAGAGGGCCGUUGGUGCUGUCAAAGAUAAGAACAGCAUAGUGGUGGUCUAUGUUUCCAGAAGGAAUUCCUUUAGGAACCCUGAACUUGAGGCUGCCAUUAUAAAGGCCACAAGUCACGAUGAAUUACUCAUUGAUAAAAGGAGUGCGCAGGUUGUGUUUUCGUGGAUUCGAGCGUCGCCCGUUAGCCUAGGUCCUCUUAUAUGGGCCUUGUCUAGGAGGAUGGAGAAGACUCGGAGUUGGGUGGUGGCCAUUAAAGGGUUGAUGCUCAUGCAUGGCAUUUUCCAUUGCAAGGCACCAGUGGUUCAAAUGAUGCAGCGUUUACCCUUUGAUCUUUCCACUUUCAGCGAUGGACAUUCCAAGCCCAGCAAAACCUGGGGUUUCAAUAGUAUCAUCCGUGAGUACUUUGCGUUUCUAGAUCAAAGAGCUGCCAUUUUUUUGGAGCAAGAUAAUCAGAACAACAACAACAAAGUCGAGGAACGUUCGUUGUUGGUGCAACAGCUUUUGAAAUUGGAGAAAUGGCAAUCUUUGCUUGAUUUGUUGCUUCACAUUAGGCCUCGAGCGGAGAAUAUGAAGGUUAGGUUGAUUAUGGAAGCCAUGGAUUGUGUGAUCAUUGAGAUAUAUGAUGUUUACAGCAUAAUCUGCAACGAGAUUGCCAAGAUUUCGUUGAAAAUAUAUUCCGUAACCAAACAUGAAGCGGCAAUGGCGCUUAGGGUUCUUCAAAAGGCAAUGAAACAGAGUGAAGAGCUUUCUCUCUUCUUCGAGUUCUGCAAGGAAUAUGGCGUCCUAAACUCCACCGAACUCCCCACCGUUACUCGGAUCCCUGAAGAAGAUGUUGAAGAACUUGAGAGGAUAAUGAAUGGGGUUUCAGUUCCAGAGAAGACGAUCAAUUACAAGGAGGGUUUCGAGGAAAUGAACCAAAUGGAAAUGACAGCAGUUGUGGAAGAAGACACAAGGGGAACUUUGAGGACGAUAAUUACAGACAAAUGGGUGGUUUUCGAUGAAAACGAUGAAAAACAGUAUGGUUUCUCUAAUGAAACCAAAAUUGUUGCAGAAGAUGACGCUGGUAAAGAUCAUCUACUACUUCCUCUUGUACCCAUUAACAAUGUACCUGUUUAUAAUCCUUAUGAACUUCCAGAUUUAAUUAGUUUUUAGCAGUUGGAACAUUCCUUCAUUUGGUUUCUCGCUUUGGUCUCAACAGGAUUCAAUCAAUUCUUUUUGGAUUACUUUAUUGUAAAGAAAAAAAAGGGUGUGAUCCGGAUUGUUCCUUCUCUAUAUUUGUCCCCAUUUGAUAUCAUUCUCUCAACUUCCCCAUUAUCUGUGAUGUUUUUGGAUAGUACGACUAGGGGGGAUUCACCGUCCAAGCUUAAGGUGUGUUCCAUAUGACAUCGAAUUUUUUUUUAAAUAGUAAUCUUAUCUAUAUAAUAA